GUCCGCUCCAGCCCUGAGCAAGUAAGUGGGCUGUGCCUGUUCCACCAGCAGAGCAGAAGCCUGCAGUGGUCCUGUCAAGAGGCUCUACUGUCCCCAUAUUGUGACAUCCGGAGACGACUGCCUCACAGGCCGCGGCAAUGUCUGUAUCUAAUCUAUCAUGGUUGAAGAAAAAGUCCCAGUCCGUGGAUAUUACUGCACCAGGGUUCAACCCUUUGGGAGGUGCAGGGAAGCCAACGCCACAAGCCAGCAAGGCUCCUGCACCCAAGACCCCCGUCAUUGAAGAAGAGCAGAACAACUCGGCGAACACCCAGAAGCACCCUUCCAGGAAGACGGAGCUGAAGCGAUUCUACACCAUCGACACUGGCCAAAAGAAGAACCUAGACAAGAAAGAUGGGCGAAGGAUGUCUUUCCAGAAGCCUAAAGGAACUAUUGAGUAUACUGUUGAAUCAAGGGAUUCUUUGAAUAGCAUAGCCCUGAAAUUUGAUACCACACCAAACGAGCUUGUUCAGUUAAAUAAGUUAUUCUCCCGCGCUGUCGUGACUGGGCAGGUUUUAUAUGUUCCUGAUCCUGAAUGUGCGUCCAGUGUUGAGAGCUCUCCUUCUCUGAGCCCAGUGAGUCCUCUGUCGUCGUCCUCCUCCGAGGCCGAGGUUGACAAAACCACCACUCCUGAUGCAGUCCAUCCAAAAGAAGCUCCUCCCUCAUCUACUGCUAGCAGUAUUAGACCUGCAAGAGUUGUGUCUUCAACUUCUGAAGAAGAAGAAGCAUUUACUGAGAAAUUUCUCAAAAUUAAUUGCAAAUAUAUCACCAAUGGCAAGGGCACCGUCAGUGGCGUGCUGCUAGUCACACCAAAUAAUAUAAUGUUCGAUCCACAUAAAACAGACCCCUUGGUCCAAGAGAAUGGCUGUGAGGAGUACGGCAUCAUGUGUCCAAUGGAAGAGGUGAUGUCAGCUGCCAUGUACAAAGAAAUUGUGGAUAGCAAAAUAAAGGAAUCCUUGCCCACAGAACUAGAUCAGUUGUCAGGAAGGGACUUCUGCCAUUCCAAGAAAAUGACAGGCAUCGCUGCUGAGGAAACGGACUCGCGAGCCCGGGACCCGGGUAAUGACAGUGCCAGCACGGCUCCCAGGAGCACCGAGGAGUCUCUCUCCGAGGACGUCUUCACCGAGUCAGAACUCUCUCCCAUCCGGGAGGAGCUCCUCCCAGAGCCGCGGCAGGAUAAGUCAUCCGACGCGUCCUCAGAGUCUGUGCAAACCGUCAGUCAGAUUGAAGUGGAGUCGUUGGCAGUCAAGUCAGAGUCUCCAAACAUUCCUGACCAGGUUAACUCCAGUACUGAACAUUCUUCAAACCAAGAGGCUUUAUCUCGUGAAACUGAUUUAAGUAGUCUUGAACUCGCCACUAAGGAAGGAGAUAAGGCUACUGAAAAACUUGAAGAAGUCUCAGGCCCCAAAGAGCAAAGCACAGAUGUAAAAAGUCAUGAUGACCGGGAUUCUUCUUUCCGCCAUGAAAAUUCACUACAGCAAGAGGGAGGAGAAGGGAGUGUACCUUCUGGAGAAACAGUGGAACUUAAGGAAAAGCAAACUGUUCAGAAGGAUAGACAGGGGAAAGAGCAAAAGCGGGACUCAGAGACUGAAGUAGAGGAGCUGCGUAAACUCUGGAAAAGCCACUCGAUGCAGCGAGCCAAGCAGCAAAGAGACAGCAUCCAGCAGGUGUCCCAGAAAGAAGGGAAACAUCAAAGUGCACCUGUGGACGGACGUGUGGACGGGUCUUCACUUCUGAAGGAUAAGAGAAGGCAUCGAUUGCACAAAUUCUUGUGUCUCCGAGUUGGAAAACCGAUGAGGAAAACCUUUGUGUCCCAGGCCAGCGCUACGAUGCAGCAGUACGCACAAAGAGAUAAGAAACAUGAAUAUUGGUUUGCAGUGCCACAAGAAAGGACAGAGCACUUGUAUGCCUUCUUCAUUCAGUGGAGUCCGGAAAUCUAUGCAGAAGAUACUGGUGAAUAUACCAGAGAGCCGGGGUUCAUAGUCGUCAAGAAGAUUGAAGAGUCUGAAGCAAACGAAGAUCUUGCUGCUGACGCAGCAGCCAGAGAAUGGGAGGGUAAUGCUGGCCUCACAGAAUGAGUUAGUAAGUAUUUCCUCUGCUUCUAUUUUCUACAAGAGACUGUGGAGAUUCAGUUCCAUAUCUU